AAAUCGGAUCACGUUACUUCACCGUUAUCUCCCAGGAUGCCGAACAUCAAGGUUUUCAGUGGCAGCUCGCAUCCCGAUUUGGCGCAAAAAAUCGUCGAUCGACUCGGAAUCGAUCUAGGUAAAGUUGUAACCAAGAAAUUCAGUAACAUGGAAACAUGCGUUGAGAUCGGCGAAUCUGUUCGAGGCGAAGAUGUUUACAUCGUUCAGAGUGGCUGCGGCGAAAUUAAUGACAAUCUUAUGGAGCUGCUCAUCAUGAUUAAUGCUUGUAAAAUAGCAUCCGCUUCCCGCGUCACAGCCGUCAUCCCCUGCUUCCCGUACGCGAGGCAGGAUAAGAAAGACAAAAGCAGAGCUCCCAUAACUGCGAAACUCGUCGCUAACGUCUUAUCGGUCUCCGGGGCCGAUCAUAUAAUAACGAUGGAUCUACACGCGUCACAAAUUCAAGGUUUCUUCGAUAUCCCCGUCGAUAACCUUUUCGCGGAGCCGGCGGUUCUGAAAUGGAUCAAAGAGAAUAUUCCAGACUGGAAAACUAGCACCGUGGUAUCUCCCGACGCCGGUGGUGCUAAGAGGGUGACAUCUAUUGCUGAUCGUUUGAACGUUGAGUUUGCUCUCAUCCACAAAGAGAGAAAAAAAGCGAAUGAAGUAGCUUCGAUGGUACUCGUUGGUGAUGUGAAGGAUCGGACUGCUAUCUUGGUAGACGAUAUGGCUGAUACCUGUGGAACGAUCUGCCACGCUGCGGAGAAGUUGAUAGAAGCUGGAGCAAUUAAGGUAUAUGCUAUUCUUACUCAUGGUAUUUUCUCUGGACCAGCUAUUUCGCGCAUCAAUAACGCCUGCUUAGAAGCUGUAGUCGUAACUAACACUAUUCCGCAAGAAAAGCACAUGCAGGACUGUACUAAAAUACAGUGUAUCGAUGUGUCGAUGAUGUUGGCAGAGGCUGUGAGACGUACGCAUAAUGGAGAGUCCGUGUCCUAUCUCUUCUCUAAUGUUCCAUACUAGUGUAGUUUUUUUCAUCAACGUAAUUAGAUUAAGGUCUACAACAUCGGUAAAAGCUGCUCAUCCAUUUGCAACUGAAAGUUUUUUAAAGUAGAUUCAGCGUUAUUGAAACGUUUGCUAUCCUGCUACUGUUUCUCUAAUCAACGCUGUAAACAUAUUGAUUUAUUCAAUGAUAGUAACUCAAUAUGAUGUUUCUGAAUGCCGAUGACUUAGUUUUAGGUAUUAUCUCAUUAAGUUAAAUAAGUAUAGCAUUUUUCAUGGACUAUAUUAAUGCAUAAAAAUGUUUUUGAAUGAUAAAUACAUUUUAUAUAUAAAUUACAUGUAUUAUUGUGAAGUUUUUAAUGAUUCAAUAUCUACACUGUCUGAAUUUGAUAGAUCUACCUUACCUGCCAUAAUAUUAAAGGUUGAUCAAUUAUUAUGCAUUUACAUUUAUAGUGAUAAUAAUUUGAGCUAGAUUAUUGUAUGAAUUUCAUUAUAUUUUCAAUAAAAAAAUAAUAUGUAUCUAUUUUUUGCCAUGUACUAACAAAUAUUGAACAAUUUUUUGCAUAAUGAAGUAGACGAAGAUUUUUUUUUUAAUCAAAUUUAUUAUAAAAGCAUAAAAUCUUUUGACAAAUAAUAAUUGUAGCAAAUUUUAUAAUGUGGCCUUUUUAUUGUAAAAGCACUUAAUGAAAUUAAUUGUAGUUUGGCUAUUUUAUACAAUCUGUUAUUUUGUAUGUAUAGAAUAGAUUGUAUGAAUCCUAAAAAUAUUAUAAAUAAAUUUGUUUAUUUCGUGGCAAUCGCUUGUUGCCAUUUAAUAUGUAUAUUAUAAGAAUUUUUCAAAUUAUACAAAAAAAAAAUGCUAUGUAUAUGAGGUCCAUAAAGUAAGACAUUAAUAAAAAAAUAUGUAAAGAA